AUGGCAGCUAUGAGACUAGUCAUGCGAGGCUUCUUGGUGAAAUUAUUAAAUGAGAGGCAUCUGCAAUUAGAAACUGCACUGCAGUCUUGUCACUUACACCCAAGAGCUGAUUCCUCCCUAGGAAUGAGAAAUCACACAAUGGUGACUGAACUCAUCCUUCUGGGAAUCCCUGAGACAGAGGGCCUAGAGACAGCCCUUUUAUUCCUGUUCUCCUCAUUUUAUUUAUGCACCCUCUUGGGAAAUGUGCUUAUCCUUACAGCUAUCAUCUCCUCCACUCGGCUUCACACUCCUAUGUAUUUUUUCUUGGGAAACCUCUCCAUCUUUGACCUGGGUUUCUCUUCGACAGCUGUUCCCAAGAUGCUGCUCUGCCUUUCGGGGGACAGCCAUGCUAUCUCAUACGCGGGCUGCGUGUCCCAGCUUUUCUUCUACCAUUUCCUAGGCUGUACCGAGUGUUUCCUCUACACAGUGAUGGCCUGUGACCGCUUUGUUGCCUUAUGUUUUCCUUUGAGAUACAUGGUCAUUAUGAACCACAGGGUGUGCUUUAUGUUGGCCACAGGGACCUGGAUGAGUGGCUGUGUUCAUGCCAUGAUCCAAACCUCCCUCACCUUCCAGUUACCUUACUGUGGUUCUAACAAGGUGGGCUAUUACUUCUGUGAUAUUCCUGCAGUGUUACCGCUAGCCUGUAAGGACACAUCCUUAGCCCAGAGGGUAGGUUUUACAAAUGUUGGUCUUUUGGCUCUCAUUUGCUUUCUCAUCCUUGUUUCCUAUACUUGCAUAUCAAAAAUCCGCUCAGCAGGGGGCAGGCAACGAGCCUUCUCCACCUUCAGCGCCCACCUCACUGCAAUCCUUUGUGCUUAUGGGCCAGUCAUCAUUAACUAUCUACAACCCAAUCCCAGUGCCUUGCUUGGUGCCAUCAUUCAGAUAUUGAAUAAUCUGGUAACCCCAAUGUUGAAUCCACUAAUCUAUAGCCUUAGGAAUAAGGAUGUAAAAACAGCCCUGAGGAAUGUAUUUCCCAAGAAAAACUUUGCUCUGGGAAAUAAAUGA